UCUCGGUUAGUCGGAUAUCCGAACUCGGUCUCAAACACUGACGCUGACGACACAGCUCUAAUCUGCAGCAACACCUCAGACCUCAACAGAUCAAUCAGCCACGUCAACAACUUCUGCCUCGCAACAGCUGCCAAGCUCAACGCCUCCAAGUGCUCAUACUUCUCAUUCUUUGACAGCAUCCUCCCACCUUCACUCAACUUCCACAAGAUCCAACAAGACCAACUUGAAACAUACCUCGGCUAUCAAUUCUCACUCACUGGCAUCUCCAACAACCUUCACGCCACUAUCGACAAACUCACCUCCUCAUUCCUUCUCUGGAAACAGAGAGGAUCAACAAUCAAAGCAAACACCAACAUCGUCAAAUCAUACCUCCUCUCCAAACUCACCUACCUUCAAUAUCUCAACUCCAUAGACUCAGACGACAUCAGAAAGCUCAACAACAUGAUCAACUGGUUCAUCUUCUCGUAYCGAGACUUCACCCCCAAUCACUACUUCCAACCCAAGAUGAAACCACUCAGACGUCUUCUACCAAUGAAGUUUGGAGGCCUCGGCCUUCCCGACAUUGGACCCAGAGACACCGCCCAGAAAGCAUACAUCUUCGACCACUUCCUCAACUCUCACAACUCACUCCCAUAUGGCCCUGCAUGGCUUCACAACCUUCAGGAACAGAUCUCUUUCAACCAAGCAACCAACCUCCCAUGGACAGACCCACAAGCCUACGGCCAACUCUCAUCCAUCCAACAACUCACCUUCAAGGCCUGGCUCACCGUCAAUGCCUCAAAGUCCGUCACACAAAUGCCAACACCAAUAUUCAACACCAACCCUCUCCAACUCCACUCCAACGACCUCUCCUUCCUCAAGUUCUUCACACUCAACAACCAACCAAUCUUCACAACCAACUCCAAAAAGAUCACUCUCAAACACUACUACCUCCUCCUCCUCUACAACAACCUCAAGUCAUCUCUCCCUCGAGAUGUGACAACAUUCCAAUACCCUAUCACUCCUUCCCAGUCAGGUAUACAACUGCAAUACAACAUCGACUACACCAAACUAUUCCCAGCUAUCAACAUGGUCAAGCACAAACGUGCACACAACACCAUAUUCAGAUAUUCAGCCAAGCUCCUACCACUCAUCAAACCUCCACCCGCAUGCCCAGCCUGCGGCGUCCGUAACAUCCUCACAUCGUCUCACAUCUUCUUUGACUGCCCCGUCCUUGUCAAUCGCAACGCUGAUGGACUCCAAUUCGCUGCCACCACCUUGAGCAUCAACAUGCCUCAAUGGUCUCCAUCCAUCCUCGCCCAAUACGACUGCAGACACUCAAUCCUGCGCAUCAACCUCGUCGCAAUCACCAUGCAUCAGAUAUGGCUCGACUUCUGCCACUGGAAACACCAAAGUAACCAAAGGCACUCCUCUCUUCAUACAAUCAACAUCAUCACCCAAGACAUCAUUCGGACAGAAAGUACCAUUCUCCACAGCAAACUCCAACUUCAAGUUGCUAAACUCAGAUCACAAUCAGCUCCAACUGAACAAAUAUCGUCCCUCCUCACCAAAGCAACUAUCAAACAC